CUAAAGAGGAUCCAAGCACCAUUAAUGCCAGCAUGCAGGUUUUCCAAGGGCUUUCCCUUGUUGACUAUCCAGAAAGUGAUGAAUCAGAAGACGGUUCUACAAAUCUCAAUUCUUUGGCAUACUGUGACAAGGUUGUUCGAAAGAAGAGAAGAAUGAACCAUUGUGUACGACCUUCUCCUCAAUCCCCCUACAAUUCAAAUGAAAGUGUAGUGGAAGAUAGUGAUGACAAUAAUGACUACAUUCCAAAGCUCAGAAGAACCAAAAGCAUUCUGAUGGAUGGAGUGCCAGAUUUUUCUGAUGCUCUCUAUGAUUCAAAUGAUGACAACACAGAGGGUCCUUCUACGUCAAAAUCUGCACGGUAUCACAAAGGCAAAUCCUGUGAUUGUGUGCCCGGAGCAAAGGGGACAGUAGAGGGACAUGUGAGAUCCCAACAAGAAGAUACUGAUAUACCUGAAGCAGCGAUGUCAGAAGGGGAGGUCAGCUUGACAUCCCAGCUAGCCUGUACCCCCAGAGAAAGCAACCUAAACCAGAAGAGGGCAACUCAACAGAGAGGUAAACAAACCACUGUCAAAAGAAGCUGGACAUCAGAAGAAUGUGGUGCAGUACAAAAGCAUUUGAGGAAUUUCAUUAUAAUAAAUCAAGUUCCGGGUAAGAAAGACUGUGAACAGUGCAUCAGUGCAGAACCUGAAGCCCUAAAAAAUAGAGACUGGAGAGCUGUCAAGUUUUUCAUCAAAAAUCGCAUAAAGGCGAUGAAAAGAAAAAUGCUAUGAGAAGCAUUAUUGUAAAAAGCGUAAAAAGAAUGGCUUUGUUUCACCACCUUAGUUUUUUUUUUUCUUUUAUAAAAACACUUUAUUCUUUCAGAUAUUGGACACAGAAAUUUAAUUAGUUUUUUCUAAAGAAGUGUUCUGUUUUUUUUGUUUUUUUUUUUAUAACUAAUCGCAAUACAGAUUGAUUUUUUUUGGGGGGGGGGAUGUGUCAAAGCUCUGAAACGAAAAACACGUUCAUGUACUUCUGUAUCAUUUGCCAAUGUUCUUCAAAAAUACAGUGUUGGC